AUGUCGCCGGCUCUGCCUCUUUCGGUCCAGGUGCCCGAGGUCGAGGACGACCAGCCGCUGCAGGAUACUGCGCUGUCGGCGUCAGCACUGGUGACAUCGCUUCCGUCGCGCGAGCCGCCGCUUGCUCCGAGCCCUGGGCGCCAUCAACGCGCGCUGCAGAUGGCGCUUGAGACUCUGGCGAGCGAGCGAAAGGCCAACGCGGCGCGAAUGGAGCAGUUUGAGGCCAAGCUCGAGAGUGUGCGUGCCGCGCAGGCCUCUGCCGCACAGCGCUCGCAGACAGAAACGACCCGGAUUCGCGCUGCUGUCGAGAAGCUGGUCUCGGAGCGCGACGAGGCGCGGGAACUGCUUGCCCGCGCACGGACAGAGGCCCAGACCCAAGAAUCGCUGGUCUCGGCACUUCGCGCCAAGAGCGCCGUCAUGGAUGAGUUUGUCACCUCGGUCGACGCCGCUAUCUCCGACGCCGAGGCCGAGCACAAUCUCCAGCUCGCCAGCCUCCGUGACGCCCUCGCCGAUCGGGACGCCUCCAUCACCGAGCUGCAGAACAAGCUUGCAACCAAGCACGACGAGCUCGUUGCCGCCCUCCACCAAGUCGAUGCUCUCCACGCUGCCCUCGCCGACAAAGACGCCGCCCUCGCCACACUCACCGCAGACGUCGAGGCCCGUCGUGCACAGCUGGCCGCUGCCCUCGACGCCCACGACGCGACCCAGGCUGCUGCCGACGAUCUCGAAGCCGUCGUCACCGCUGCCCUUGCCGCCGCAGACGCAGAGCUGGCCUGA